ACUGGUGUCUGCCUAAGAAGAGAAGGCUGCAUGGAUCCUGUCCUGGUCCUGGCGCUCACUCUCUCCUCUCUGCUUCUCCUCUCACUGUGGAGACAGAGCUCAGGGAGAGGGAAGCUCCCUCCUGGCCCCACACCUCUCCCACUUGUUGGAAACAUCCUUCAGAUAGAUGUGAAGGACGUCAGCAAAUCUUUAAAAAAAUUCUCAAAAGCCUACGGCCCCGUGUUCACUCUGUACUUCGGCCUGAAGCCCACUGUGGUGCUUCAUGGUUAUGAAGCUGUAAAGGAAGCUCUUGUUGACCUAGGAGAGGACUUUUCUGGAAGAGGCAGUUUUCCAAUAUCUGAAAGGGUUAACAAAGGCCUUGGAAUCCUUUUCAGCAACGGGAGGAAAUGGAAGGGGAUCUGGCGUUUCUCCAUCAUGACCCUGAGGAAUUUUGGGAUGGGCAAGAGGAGCAUUGAGGACCAGGUUCAGGAGGAGGCUCGGUGCCUUGUGGAGGAGCUGAGGAAAACCAAAGGCAAAUGUCGCUUUUGUGUUACUGACCAGCUUGCUUCCUUCUCUAAUGAUCUCCAUGGCGACAGCACUGGGACAGAACACCUUACAUUGAGGGCAAUGCUUGGCGAUGCUGUGCCAGAGAAGCGAUUUGGUACAGAGAGCCAAGGAAGCUUUUGUAGCUGUGUACCUUCCGUGUUUAUACUCAGUGUCUGUGCACAUGGGGUGGGGAUAAAAACUCACUAAACUCUAUUUUAUGCCAAGCUUUACUUUCCGACAAUGCCGUACAGACAAAAGGACUGAAUAUCACUUAUCAGACUUAGCAGUGUUUUCCCCCAUAGCACAGUUGUGGGUUGACUAUUCUAGAACAUUUUACUAGGAAAUGUUUGUGAGAGGAUGUUACAGAAGUGACGCACUGCUCCAUGGAACGUGAGACCAUUCCAUGCUUUUGCUUACCUGCUCUGCUUUGUAGCUUCAGCCUCCCUGAGGGACAUGUGUGGGGUUCUUUAAAGGGCCGUGUCUGCAGUGUUCCCAGCGACAGCGCUGUGCACUACUUCCUUGUCUGUAGGCAUCGUUAACGCCCCUUUCACACUUGUGAUUUGUUUCUCAGUUUUUUUGACUAUUUAAAGAUGUCAGCUGGUGUUAUUUAAAAUCACUCACUGUGUGCUUCACUUUUACAUAUUUUAAAAGUUGUCUACAUUACAAAAAGGAAGUUUUAAAUUGGUUUAUUGAACUAAAUUUCAAAUUUUAUUAAUGUUUAACCUUCAACUUCCCUAGUUGUGGGUUUGCUCUAUUUCAGUUUUUCUUACAUUAUUCUCUAUCUUUAUUUUGUACUGACUGUGAGUUCUUUUUUCCCCUCUCUAUUAUAUGAGGCUCUGAAAUCUUGGGCUUCCCCUCCCAAGGCAAGCUGAUUGAUAGCAAUAGCAAAUGCUUUCUCCAAAGCAUGCUUUUGGUAUACAAACCUGUCUAUGGCCUUCAACCACCUCCUUUAGUAAAUUUCCAUGCACCAAGUCCAUGUUCUUGCUGUAAAUCCAUUCAGGACCAGAGGUGGGACAGUUAGUGACCCCUAAGACCCAGAGGUUUCUGUAAACUUUGCAAUCCUAAACUUACAAAGUCUGCCUUCCUGACUCAGUAAGACAUUCAGAUUCCAACAAAGGCCCUGCUCUCUACUUUUCCUCUGUCACCUGCUUCCAGGCCUGUCCCAUGGGAACUGUCCUUUCUAGGAGUCUGUUGAAGGUCAGCCUGAUCAGUGAACCUCACUAUAUCCGGAUGAAAACAAAAUUUUGGCUGAAUUUUUAAACAAUUAAAUUUUGAGUUGGAGUAUUGAUGGAAGUUUUAUUCCUACCUUCACCCUUGGCUCCACUCAUCUGUGUUGUAGUUGUCACAGUAAAUACGAUUUUUAGCUUGGAUUCCAAAUGACCUCGGUAUUUACAUGUCUCUUCAAAAUGAUGCAGAAAGCAAGAUUGAGAAUCAGACUUUUACUGUGAACCCCCUUCCCCAAAUAUCAAAUUAAUAAUUCCAAUGGCUAUCUAUUUCUCUCCUAGGCUAAAACAAAACAAAACAAAAAACAAAACAACUUCUGAACAGUCAGUGUCAUGGUGUGUUACAACAGAAAGGGGGCCUGGCUUAGGUUUAGUUAACUACUAAAUAGGCUUCUUCUGUUGAUUUCCCUGUCACUGUGCACAAAUAUCUUUUAUAGCUGAUGUACAUUUGUAGACUUUACAUAUUAAAGUUUAUUCAUUAUUUCAUUAGAACCAAUUUUGCUGAAAUUUGUCCACAAAGUAUUCAGUCUGAUUUAAUUUGCUUUUCUGUAAAGUAAUGGA